UGGGCUUUAAUUUAAAUUGAUUGGAAUAUUUAGCUUUUUUUCUUCACAAGUUGAAAUGGAGACCAAUGAAUUCAGCAUCCAGAGAGAAAGAGAGAGAGAUACUCAGUCAGUCAUGGUGCAGUGUGUCCACUCUCAGGUCUGCUACAUGUUUGCUAUCUGAUCUGGGUGAUCCCUCCUCUCCUCCCUCUCUCAACUCUCUCCCCUGACGGAGAGAGGACAGUCUCCCACAAUAACCGGCUCUAUAGCAGUUCCUGUGGCUUAUCUUAUCUCGGCGGAUCUCCCCGGUGCCGACCCGUACCGGCCGCCCCCCCCCCCCCAUAUCAUCUGAAUCACAGGGACACAAAAGAGAGAUCCGGUCGUGUUUCACUUUCUUUCCUCCGAGGGACCCGUAUCUCUUACAUCUGUUCCCCCGAUCUUUGUUUCUGGACGGCAGGCUGCGGCUGCGUAAAAGCCCCGUGACCACGACCUGAUGCUGAAACCCCUUACAUUCAUCAGAAGGCAACAGGAAGCAGAUUACUGAGGGAUUAAACACAUGCAACAGUACCACAGCUCUGGGAUUUGACCACCCUCCAACUGUGGAUCUCACACUGAAUGAACUUACUGACUGACUGACUGUCUGUCUGACGGACUGACUGACUCUGGUAUCAUGGAACAAGAGGAGGAGCUGACAGAAUUGAUUUAACUCACCUAACCCUGCCUCCUUCCUCCUACCUCCUACCUCAGUAUCGAAGACUGAUCGAUGAGGAUUACUGGCUGUCCUCCUGCUGCUGUCCCAUGAUGCAUCUACACAUGUAAAAGCAGGAUCAGCCACACAGAGGGCUGUUUCUAUGGAUACCCCUGCCCUGGGUAGUGUUAAUAGGACUCACUGACAUCCUUACUAUCUGCGCAAGAACAAAAUGCAGUGAGAGAUUAGAAGUGCAUCCCUGCCAGCAGAGCACAGCGUCACAUCACAUCUUUGGAACAGAGAGACAUCUUCAUCAAGUGUCAUGAGGAAAAAGUACAUUUUAGUUUUAUUAAGCACGUACUAACCUCAUAGGUUGUUUUUUAAUGUGGAACAUAGUGGAUUCUCAGCUGCUACAGUAAAAUAAUCUGCCCACACAGGACCAGCAGAGGAGGUGAAGAUUAUGCACAAAGACACUUUGUAGGCCUGAAGGAAAAAUUGUGUUUCUUUUAACCGGCUUGCAAUUCUUGGUUCAGUUCCAAAUUCUGGACCCAAAUCUGGAAUAAGUAACCCUACUGGAACAUAUGGGUGCCCCUCAAACUGCCACUACCUUUUAGCAGACUACUUAAUUUGGAUAUUUUCUACAAGAUAACGGACAUCUAGAUGCACCAGCUACACAACUAAAUAUCAACUCGUCAGUUAAUGUGCACAAUAUAAACCAAAGCACCUUUAAAUGUGAUAUUUUGGGGAUCCAUCAAGCUAUUUAAAAGUACAUACAACCAUCUAUCAUCUGUCCCUAACACCGGCAGACGAAGCUAUCAUGGCUAGACAAGAGACCCCCCUCUUCCUUCAUGGUUUUGACCUGGGUGGUCACUUUGUUGACCUUCGACCUCUCGGCACAGGUGUAACAGGCCUGGUCCUCUCAGCUGUUGAUGAGCGCACCGGCCAGCGCGUGGCAAUCAAAAAGUUGGUGAUGCGCGAUGCUGUGACGGUGAAGCAUGCUCUGCGGGAGGUCAAAAUCACCCGCCGGCUGCUCCAUGAAAACGUGGUGAGUGUUCACGAGGUUUUGGCGCCGUAUGGACGACCGCUGCCCAGAGACCCGACCCAGCUGAGUGCCCUGUACAUCGUGCAAGAGUGCAUGGAGACAGAUCUGGCUCGACUGCUAGAACAAGGACCACUACCCACAGGUCAUGCUACUCUGCUGUUCUACCAGCUGCUGAGGGGACUGAAGUUCAUUCACUCAGCUAACGUCCUGCACAGAGACCUGAAGCCUGCCAACAUCUUCCUCAACACAGACCAACUGCUGCUCAAGAUUGGAGACUUCGGACUGGCCAGGAUAGUCGACCCGCAUUAUUCUCAUAAGGGCUAUCUGUCUGAGGGUCUGGUAACUAAGUGGUAUUGUUCCCCCCGUCUGCUCCUGUCCCCUAACAACUAUACCAAGGCCAUCGACAUGUGGGCCACUGGCUGCAUACUGGCAGAGAUGCUCACAGGACGCAUGCUGUUUGCAGGCGCUCAUGAGCUGGAGCAGAUGCAGCUGAUCCUCGACACAGUGCCGGUGCUGAGAGAGGAGGACAGGCAGGACUUGCUACAGGUGAUACCUUCCUAUGUCAGCCAUGGAUGGAAAGUGAAGAAACCCUUUUCUGAAUUGCUGCCUGAAGUGGAUGCUCAAGCUGUGGACUUCCUUCAGCGUAUCUUGACCUUUAACCCCAUGGAUCGGCUCACAGCUGAGGCAGCGCUGUCACACCCUUUCCUCCAGCAGUACUCCUGUCCUGAGGAUGAACCCACCUCCUCGCAUCCCUUCCGCAUCGAGGACGAACUAGAGGACAGCCUUGUCACCGAGCAGAGCCUCAGCAACAGCAACAGUCAGGCCUCCAGCAUCCACUGGGAAAAGUAUGAGAGCAGUUUAUCAACAGAUGUGUCCUGGCAGCUGUCGGGCGGGAGGUGUCGCUGCAUGCCCCCUGCCCACAUGACCUCUGACCUAGGAGACACUACAGAGGAUGAGGAGGUGCAGAGAGACCCCCGGGCCAGUUCCACGGCACUGAUAGAGGAGGCACAGGUGGAUCCACGCAAGUAUUCCCACAGCAGCUCAGCUGAACGCUUCCUGGAAAACUCUCCCUCCUCCCUGGAGCGGGCCUGUGGUCUGGGGUAUGGGGAACUGGACUGUGGUCGUUCCUGUGACUACAAAGUGGGCUCUCCUUCUUAUCUGGAUAAAAUUGCCUGGAAGGAGGGCAAGCCUCAACACUACUCAGAGCCUAAGCUGAUCCUGGAUCUGUCUCAUUGGAAGCGUAACACCAAUAGCCUUCCUUUGCCUUCCGAGCCACUUAGUGGCAGCAUGGAGGACCUGAGAGCGAUGAACGAGGAGGAAGCCGUAGAGGAGGAAGAAGAGGAGACCGGGGAUUUAUUCCAAGAGAUCUCUCGCUGGGUGGAAAGCACCCAGUCUCAUCUUCACUCACCCAGUCCUUCUGUGGAGCCAUGUUCACCUUCGGGUUACGUCUCAUCUCCCCCUCUCCCUCUCACCCCGACUGACCUCCCAACUUCAGUUUUCCACUACGGGGAAGUUGUGCAGCAACCAUCAUCUGAAUAUGAUGAAGAUAGACUGAGCCCACUUCUUCCUGUCACGUCUUCCUCUAAUUCCCUCCCCUCACUUCUCCCCUCAUCUCCCAGCUCUCCACUCCCCCCUCAGUCACCUCAAACACUAUCUUCUCCCACCUCGACACUUUUUCCUUCCCUAGAAUCUCAACCCCUUUCUUCUACUUCCUUCAUUUCUCAGCCAGUAAAUGAUGACUCCUUGGAGUCACUACCUGUCAAGCAAAGAGAGCGGCUUUUCGACCUGGACGUGUUUAUAUCCCGAGCAUUGAAACUGUGUCGGCAGAAUAAGGAGAAAGCAGACGGGAAGAAAGGAAAAGAGGGAGGAUGGAGGGAAGAAAGCAAACAGCCAAACAUUAACCGAAAGGUUUCUAGGCUCCCAGAGCACAGGACUCCUCCACCCCAGACUCCAAACUCUUGAUGCUGAAUUUCAACUUCAGGUCCUCUUCAGUAUAGCAUCAUAAUGGCUAGCACUUCCAAAUGCUCAUAGUGUUUUCAAUAGUACAGAUUAUCUGUUAAUAGUGCUACUUAAACAUUAUACCUAAGUGUUAGCAGUCUUCUUGUUACUAAAGCGACGACAGGCCACAUGCUGUGAAUAAAACCCUCACUUAAAAAAGCAAUUAUGCCGCUUUGUCAAGUGUACUCUCAGGCAAUAAGUGGUUAAAAAGUAUUUGGGUUGAAAAUUAAUAACCAUGCUUAGCAUUUCAAAUAUCAAGUAUUUGUUCAACAUGGGAAUAUUUUUGAAAUAAUCAGCCAAUUAAUGAUUAUGGUAUUUGUGGUUUGCUGUCAUUCUUAAAGAUGGUCAAACCUUGACUUGAUAGCGACUAAUUCUGUUAUAGAAUUAUCUGCAAUUGACUAAACUAAUAGUUACCUGGGCUACUGCGUGCUGGAUAACAGUUAUCUAGAGGAGUCACUUUAUUUGAAGUUUGCUUUAAAUGUAUGUUUCUACAAGAUCCCUUGCUGUGUGGGAAUCGGUCAGUUAAUUUUCCAAAAGUCAGACAGUCUUCCAAUGAUGAUGUACACCCAAUAAUGACUAUGACACGUAAAAUACUGAAUGUAUUAACUAAAGAGAAUCAGUCAAAUGAUGCUGCGUGGUAAACUAUAAGGAUCUUUUGUUGCUGUUUUAAUGCUCCCACAGUGACUUAAUGAGCUCUGUCACUGCAGUGCUACAUGCCUUGUAAACUUGUAUAAAACUAUUUAAAUAUUUAAUUCUAUAUUAUAUUUCCCAAGACUGUUGUUUAUGAUGUUCAUUUAUCUUAAAAUAUUAUUUUCUGAAUUCUAGAGCACACCUUUCUGUUUAUUUGGUGUGAAUUGUAUUUUGGUUAAUGUGGAAUGAUCUAUCGUAAUAAUGUAUGCUCUAGUUCAAUCGCAAAGUCUGCCUGGUGCACCAAAGGUCAUCCCACUUACUGAAAAGAUACUAUCUUCUCUGUACUAGACAGUCAGAUGUCUGUUACAAUUUUGCUCACUUUAAUAUUAGCCCAAGACAGCUGUAAUGCAAACAACAGUUACUUAUAUUUUGGAGAACGUAGAUCCUUGAAAAUCUAAAUGAUUUGUACUCAAAUGCUGCCCUGUAACCAUAUCAUGAGAAGAAAGAAAAACAUUACCAAAACAUAUAUUUUGAAAUACUUUUCUAUCCAAUGUGGAAGACAGUAGCCUGUCAGAAUGUUAUUUAAUAAAGGUAACCAAAUCAGGUAAAAGAUACAGUCAAGGGAAAUGAAUUAAGAGAUGUAGGCUGUUGGCUUGUGCCUCUUUCUUUCUUAACUGCAUACUGGGCAUGGAAACAGCAUUCAAAUGAUUCUGUUGAGCUUUUGCCAAAAAGGUAUACAGUUAAAUCCAUCUUACCUAGACGAAAUAGGCAUCUCCUUUCCUGGUUUCCCUGUUUGAAAUGUAAUGCUCUGCUGUGGAUGUACCACAUGUUAACAGCUUAUGUAUAUGUAUAUGUAUAUGUACAACAAGAGUCUGUAUAUUGGGAACUCCAGAGGCACAAUACUGAGAUGCAUAAAACAAACUGCCAGCAAAAACCUCUCAGAAACAACCUCUAAUAAUUUCAAUUUUCAAUUCACACCAUCACACAGAACACUUAGAAGAAUUGGGAGGGAUGAAACCCUCUUUGAUGGUCACACAUGCAGAGCACACAGCACACACAGUGACAUU